AAAGAACACUAAAACUGCUCAUGAAGUAGCUUUUAAAGCCCACUUGACAAGACAGGGCUCCUUUUUUGCAUGAUGCACAAACAAUGCAGAUAUAAUGCCAUCUAUUUUACUGUUCACUCUGGUGUUAUCGUUGUUUUCCCUUAAAUAUUUCCCUGUCUCUGGUCGGGAAGUGCUCUUCUAGCACCAUCAGCGCCAUACCGCUCCUGGAUGCUGCGCUGGAGUACGCAUGCGCACCACAGUGGAAUUACUGCACAGCGCACUCUAAGUUGGAUUUUCUCUGUCUUCACGGAAACCAGAAAACAUAAAAGUAUGGAGAUCUUUAGAAUACGAGAAAAGGGCUUUAUGCGCGUCUGGACGUUCCCCGUGAUAAUGGCUGUGGUGUGUGCGCAAAGUGUCAAUGAUCCAAGCAAUAUGUCUAUCGUAAAAGAAACUGUUGAUAGACUAUUGAAGGGAUAUGACAUUCGCUUGAGGCCAGAUUUUGGAGGUCCUCCGGUGGGAGUGGGGAUGAAUAUAGACAUUGCCAGCAUAGACAUGGUAUCAGAAGUGAAUAUGGACUACACAUUGACUAUGUAUUUCCAGCAAGCCUGGCGAGACAAACGCCUGUCCUAUUCUGAGAUUCCUCUUAACCUGACGCUGGAUAACAGGGUAGCUGAUCAGCUGUGGGUGCCGGAUACAUACUUCCUGAAUGACAAGAAGUCUUUUGUACAUGGUGUAACAGUGAAGAACAGAAUGAUCCGUCUUCAUCCAGAUGGCACUGUGCUUUAUGGGCUCAGGAUUACUACCACCGCCGCCUGCAUGAUGGACUUACGCAGAUACCCACUAGAUGAGCAGAACUGCACACUGGAAAUCGAGAGCUAUGGCUACACCACAGAUGAUAUUGAGUUCUACUGGCGAGGUGGCGACCAUGCAGUAACGGGGGUUGAAAGGAUAGAGCUUCCUCAGUUCUCUAUAGUGGACUACAAACUCAUCUCGAAAAACGUGGUGUUUUCUACAGGUUCAUAUCCUCGCCUCUCCCUGAGCUUCAAGCUUAAGAGAAACAUUGGCUACUUCAUUCUGCAGACCUACAUGCCUUCAAUCCUAAUCACCAUCCUAUCUUGGGUAUCCUUCUGGAUCAACUAUGAUGCCUCGGCUGCCAGGGUUGCUUUAGGCAUCACCACCGUGCUGACCAUGACCACCAUCAACACACAUUUGAGGGAGACUCUUCCAAAGAUUCCGUACGUCAAAGCCAUUGACAUGUACCUGAUGGGCUGUUUCGUGUUCGUCUUCCUGGCUCUGCUGGAGUACGCGCUGGUCAACUACAUUUUCUUCGGUAGGGGACCGCAGCGGCAGAAGAGAGCGGCAGAGAAAGCCUCGUCAGCCAACAAUGAAAAAAUGAGAAUGGAUCCCAACAAAUGGUUGAUGGGAAAUGUAGUUCAGAGAGACGAUGCUCUGUAUGCCAGAAUGAAACAGAGGGAUAUUGACGCACAUGACUCCAUGUGGGAACCAAUCUUUGUGGAUGAUGCAGCAUUAGGACUAGGCGAUUCAAAAAAUAAGAUGGACCCCCAUGAAAACAUCCUUCUCAGUCCUCUGGAGAUCAAGAAUGAAAUGGGCACAUCCGAGUUAAGCCUGGGUUUGGGCGACCCCCGCUCCACCAUGCUGGCCUUUGACAGCACCACGCUGCAGUAUCGGAAAGCCGGCCUGGCCAGGCACAACUUUGGGCACAAUGCGCUGGAACGCCACGUUGCUCAGAAGAAGAGCCGACUACGGCGGCGCACUUCACAGCUUAAAAUCAACAUCCCUGACUUAACUGAUGUAAAUUCAAUCGACAAAUGGUCGAGAAUGAUCUUCCCCACCGUAUUUUCUUUCUUCAAUGUCAUCUAUUGGCUUUAUUAUGUCAACUAACUGGAUUGCGGGGCCGUCCAAGAAGCACCACUUAUUUUUAUGUCAGUAUAUUCUUCUGUUAUCCUGCGUCUGAUUUUGCAAUACAAGCAGGACUUAUGUUGACAGAUUAAAAUCAGGACUAACUCUCUUUAACCUUGGGUUCACCUUAAUUGCUGGCUGACACCGAAACUCUAAAGAGGUUAAGAACAAAUGGUGCCUAUUCCAAAAUCCAGUAGUCUUUAGU